AAGAUGUGAAAUGAAGCUCCCCAUUCAGGACCCAGCUGAUGACUUCCUUCAGUGAGAACCGCAUCUCCCAGCAAGCCUUGGGACGCUUAUUGCUCCAUUACCCUUUCCUCUGUCUUGGGGACCUGGUGUUUCCUUGUCUUUGGACCCCUCGCCCUAGCCAAAUACCAGAAAUCGACUCUAAUGGGCUGUUUCUCACAUCCACAGCACUUCCUUCUGGCUGGGCGCAAGAGAAAAAGGAGCAAAACCUCUAAUUACCUCGUCUCCCUGGACCCCACAGACCUAUCUCGGGAUGGGGAAAAUUUUGUGGGCAAAGUCAGAUCUAAUGUCUUGGGCACCAAAUUCACCAUCUUCGACAAUGGGGUGAAUCCAGAAAGGAAGAAUUUUGUCCCAGAGACUGCUCGGAUCAGGGAGGAGCUGGGGGCUGUGUGUUAUGAGACCAACAUCUUGGGAUUCCGAGGGCCCCGGAAAAUGACUGUGAUCAUUCCAGGAAUCGACGCCCAGAACCAGAGAAUCAGUGUCCAGCCACAAAAUGAACAGGAGUCGCUAUUGAGUCGCCUCCAACGGGGGGCCAACCAGGGGCUGGUCCUGCUGCAAAAUAAAGCCCCAUCGUGGAGCGACAAGAGCGGCGCCUACGUGCUCAAUUUUCAUGGUCGCGUCACUAGGACCUCGGUGAAGAACUUCCAGAUCGUGCAUCCGGAUGACCGUGAGUUCCUAGGAACUGGUUUACCUGGGCAAGGGAGCAGGACAAGAACUACUUCUCCCAUUAGCACUUGAGCGUUUUUCUAGGCAGGGCCGA